UGGAGAGCGCCACGUCGGAUGUGAACGAAGCGGGCUGGGUGUGCACCCGCCGAGAGAGUGAUAGAGGAAUCCGCGGCUGGGACCGCGCUUGGAGGCCGGGCUUGUGCGCACCACCAGGGCAUCAUCCGGCCCAGCGCUGGCUGGAAAGGAUCGUCCGGGGAGGGGGGCUUGCACGGGAAGCAAAGGACCUCGGGGGAACCUGUCUGGGUUCAGUUUGGGGGCUGCAGCCUGCAGGACAAGAGGCUCGGUUGGACCUGGUCAGCCAUGCGAGUGGCCGGGCUGCUGGGUCCCUUGGCGCUGAUGCUGGCGCUGGGGGCGGGCGGGUGCCACGGGCUGUCUUUCCACUUGCCCCCCCAGACCCGCAAAUGCCUUAAAGAGGAGCUGCACCGCGACGUGAUGGUCACGGGAGAGUACGAAGUCUCCGAGGCGUCUGCUCCGGGUAUCCGGACAGAUCUCCGGGUCACCGACUCUUCCGGACACACUCUGUACUCCAAGGACGAUGCCAAGAAGGGGAAAUUUGCCUUCACCACGGACAACUAUGAAAUCUAUGAAAUCUGCUUUGAGAGCCACGGACAGUCAGGAAAUUUCCGGAUCCCAGACCAACUGAUCUCCCUUAAUAUAAAGCAUGGUGUGGAGGCACGAAAUUACGAUGAUAUUGCUAAGGCAGAGAAACUAAAGCCCCUAGAGGUGGACCUGCGUCGGCUUGAAGACCUUUCAGAAUCCAUCGUUAAAGAUUUUGCCUUCAUGAAGCAACGCGAGGAGGAGAUGCGAGACACCAAUGAAUCUACGAGCGCUCGCGUCUUCUGCUUCAGCAUCUUCUCCAUGUUAUGUCUGGUGGGCCUGGCCACCUGGCAGGUCUUCUAUCUCCGGCGUUUCUUCAAAGCCAAGAAACUCAUCGAGUGAUCGAGCUCCAGCCAGGGAGUGGGGGAGGGACAAUGCAAAGAAGAGAUGCUCCCACUCCCCCCACCUGAUUUCUUCCUGGUCUGUGAACCGCGACUCGUCAGAGUUGUCCCACCCACCUAUUUUGAUCCGCUCCUGAGCAGACUGGAUUUUUUUUUUCCUCAGGAUUUUUCUCAGCGAGGAUCCUUGAGGGGACAUUGCAGCCCCUGGACUGCAUCUGCUCCAGCUGGAAUGGGAGCCUGUCAUCAGAAAAGCAUGGGUUUUGGAUGCCAGACAUAAAAACCAUUUGCCCCCCUUUUUUUCUGGUGUGGACCAUGCCGUUCUUUUCCCCAUGGGGUUGAGGGAUCUCUAAGUAGACUGUAAUUUAAGUUCCCAACUGCUGAAUGCACUAAGGAAAUUUUGGGAAAUAAUAAAUUUUGAUUCAUAGAUAUUACUGCUGUCUGGGUGCGGGGGGAGAUGGAGGAGGCUUGGUCGUCUUCUGGGGAUAAGAUCAUGGUACUCUACAGCUGCAAUCCUAAGCACAUUUCCUGGGGAGUCCAUUCUAUUGAACUCAGUGGGACUUGCUUCUGAGUGUACGUGCUUAGGAUUGUGCUGUACAGAACCUAGGAAAGGUGGAGCCAGGAUAGCAUAGGUGUGAGGAUGUUGGGCUAGGAUCUGGGGGGCCCAAGUUCAGAACCCUACUCUGCUAUGGAAGCUCGCUGGGUGACUUUGGGUCACUCUCUCUCUCUACCUCGCAGGGUUGUUUCGAGGAUACAGUGUAUGGGGAGAGAACAGUGUAUGAUACCCAGGAUGGGUAGGAUAAAAUGUACUCAAUAAAUG